CAGGUAAAAGGCACCCAGAUAAAAGGUAGGGGAGGAGGAGAAGAGAGAAGUAUCCAAGCUGAGCAGCAUGAAGGGGCCCUCACCCACUAGCAGCCUCCUUCUGCUACUGCUGCUGCUGACCCCAGACCCUGGAGCAGCACUGCUACUGUCACCCAGCAUUACCUGCUGUACUCAGCUCUACCGCCAGCCACUCUCGAACAAGCUACUGAGGAAAGUCAUCCGGGUGGAACUGCAGGAAGCUGAUGGGGACUGUCACCUCCAGGCCUUCGUGCUUCACUUGUCUCGACGCAGUGUCUGCAUCCAUCCUCAGAACCGCAGCCUGGCUCGGUGGUUUGAGCGCCAAGGGAGGAGAUUCCAGGGUAUUCUGCCUAACCUGAAUUUGGAGCUGAUAGGGAAAAUGGACCAGGGGCCCUAAUAGUCAAAAUAAUAAAGCAUCAUUGGACAAUA